AGUUGAAGUUAUGAAAUAUUUAUGCACACUAAAUUUGGUCCUCUGCUAAGAAGGGAGGGGUUUUCUUGAUGGUAUGGAUAAAGGAGGAAUGGGAGGAAGUAGUCUGUCAUUACAUCAAGAUAUAGUUGGAAGUAGUUGGGCAACAGUGCCUGCCUUAUCCAUCUAGAAAUGAUAAAUAUGUCAGCUUCUGUUUUUUCAGAUGAAAUUUUGAGACUGUUCAGUUGUGUUUCGGGUUAUGCUUUUGGAUACUGUUAAGUUGUAAGUCAAGUUUUGUUUUAAUAUGUUCAGUUGUUUUAAUAUUUUGCUGGUGAAUAUUGCUAUAUUAAUUGGAAAAAUAGACCGAUGGGAAAAAAGAAAAGAAACAAAUGUUUUUUCUAUGGUAUUUUUUUUCAAACAUAUAGAAUGGCUUAAAUAUUUCUAGAGGAUAACUCAAAUACAAAACUGUUAGAAGAGUGCUAAACGAAACACCGUACCAAAGAAAAUGAAUGGACUUUAUCUCACACUGUGGAAUUAACUGGGUGUACUGUUCCAGAUGGAAAGAAGCAAGACCUGAAGAGCAGGAGAAGAGCGAGCUUUGUGCUGUUUUUCCUGUCCUCAGCCCUCCACCAUCCUGUUCUACAGUGUCACAGCUGGAUUCCACCUGGUGACACCGAGAGGCUUUUGUGGGUGGGUGCAGUGGGGAAAAGAUUUCGCUCUGGAACCAGCAGCAGCAAGAGAUCUUAUCGGAGUGUGGUUGUUGCAACAGGGCAAAAGGAGAAGCUGUAGAAGGCCUUCGAGAGAGCGAUUAUCUUCUGAUUCAUUCGUGUCGACAGUGGACAACAAUUACAGCUCAUAGUCUGGAGGAGGGUCACUACGUCAUAGGGCCAAAGAUAGAAAUCCCUGUACAUUAUGCAGGGCAGUUUAAGCUGCUGGAACAAGACCGAGAUAUUAAGGAGCCAGUGCAGUAUUUUAACAGUGUGGAGGAGGUGGCUAAAGCAUUUCCUGAACGAGUUUACGUCAUGGAGGAAAUAACAUUCAACGUUAAGGUGGCUUCAGGUGAAUGCAAUGAAGACACUGAGGUUUACAACAUUACCCUUUGUACUGGGGAUGAGCUCACUUUAAUGGGGCAAGCAGAAAUCCUUUAUGCAAAAUCUUCUAAGGAGAAGUCACGACUCAACACCAUCUUCAAAAAAAUUGGGAAACUUAAUUCAAUUAGUAAGCUAGGCAGAGGCAAAAUGCCCUGUCUCAUAUGCAUGAACCACAGGACCAACGAAAGCAUCAGUCUCCCUUUCCAGUGUAAGGGCAAGUUUAGCACCCGCAGCCCGUUGGAGGUGCAGAUGCAAGAAGGGGAGCACACGAUUCGCAAUAUAGUAGAAAAAACCAGGCUGCCUGUUAAUGUGACUGUGCCGAGUCCUACACCAAGAAACCCUUACGACCUGCAUUUUAUCCGUGAAGGGCACAGGUACAAGUUUGUCAACAUUCAAACCAAGACUGUGGUGGUUUGUUGUGUGCUUCGUGGCAACAAAAUUAUUCCCAUGCAUUUUCCCUUGCACUUAGCGCUUCCAAAAUUUAUUCUGCCCGACAGUCUGGUGAAGGGGGAGCUGUGGCAUGAAUCCCUCAUACAGCAUUGGUUUAAUAUAUGCCAGGAACAGUUUGACAUAGACGAGUAUUCCCGUGCAGUGCGAGAUGUGAAGACUGAUUGGAAUGAAGACUGCAAGAGCCCGAAGAAGAGCCGGUGCCCGGGGCACAGCCAUGUGCCCAACUCCCUCAGCUACGCACGGGAUGAGCUCACCCAAUCCUUCCACCGGCUUUCUGUGUGCGUCUAUGGAAACAAUCUGCACGGGAAUAGUGAAGUGAACCUCCACGGCUGCAGGGACUUGUGUAACGAGUGGGCCCUCUUCUCUCACGAUGCUCUCCAGUACCAGGAGUCUGGUGACAGUGGCAGCGAUUACCUUUUUCCUGAAGUCAGCGAAGAAUCGAUGUUUCUGCCUACAAAACCAGAGCUUCCUUACGAAGAGCUGUGGUUGGACCAAGGGUCUGGAAAGGCCGGUGACCAGCCUCUCACUCGCUCACUAAGUGAGAAGAACAAAUGUGACAGCUACAGGGGGUCUUUCCGAUCAAAGUGUGGUACCGCAUCCCUUCCUGUGCCUGCGACUGUCGGAGUAACCACAAAGUCUUCAGAAGUUUCCCUACCUCCACCUCCAGUGCCUCCCAAAUCAGAAGCAGUGAAAGAGGAAUGCAGGCUCCUGAACGCUCCCCCCGUCCCACCGCGGAGUUCAAAGCCGUCCUCCACCAGUCCUUCCAUCCCUCCCCGCACCGUCAAACCUGCGCGGCAGCAGACCCGCUCUCCUAGCCCAACUCUGUCCUAUUACUCAUCGGGACUGCACAACAUCAAUGUCACAGAGAGUGGCAACACCAACCCAACUGAGAGCACACCUGUCUCCUGCUACCCUUGUAACGCAAUGAAAACCGAAUCCAAAGAGCCUGAGAGCACGAUACCUUUGGGAAGCCCCUCACCUGAAGCUCUGCCUUCCAGGUUAUCUUGGCCAAACCAUUUUUCAGGAACAGCUGACGGCCUGAACAGGAGUGAUUUCCUGCUUGAUCCAAGCAGGAGCUACAGUUACCCCAGACAGAAGACUCCAGGCACGCCAAAGAGAAAUUGUCCAGCACCUUUGACUUUUGACUUCGAUGGGUGUGAGCUCCCGGCGGGGUACUCCCCGCUGACCCCAGCAGAGUUCACCAGCACCAUCUCUAGCUGUCCAAAGUCGGCAAGUUACUCUCUAGACUGCACUGACGAGAAAACUCUGGGAGACAGCGAUGCAAAGCAGAGCCAUUCAUGUCCUGCCUUACCUCCUCGGGCACCAAAGUCAAGCGAAGAUAAACCAGUUACAGACAUGUGUCCCUUGCCGCUGAAAAUAGAUGGUGCUGAGGAGGAGUCAAAAACUGGUUCUCCAGACCUUUCGGAAGAUCAGUAUCUCAUUAAAAAGGGCAUGCAAGAUACAUUCUCUAUGUCUUAUCCCUUCUCGUCUCCCCUCCACCUCCAGUUAGCACCAAGGUCUUGUGGGGACGGGUCUCCUUGGCAGCCACCCACAGACCUUUCUGGACUCUCGAUAGAGGAAGUGUCUAAAUCGCUGAGGUUUAUUGGUCUGUCAGAAGAUGUCAUAUCGUUUUUUGUUACAGAGAAGAUCGAUGGCAAUUUACUGGUUCAGCUUACAGAAGAAAUCCUGUCAGAAGACUUUAAGCUAAGCAAAUUGCAGGUUAAGAAAAUACUACAGUUCAUUAAUGGCUGGCGGCCCAAGAUGUGAUGCCAGCUAGUUAUUAGUGAAACUAUACGAGAUGUGCUUGAUGCACUUCAGCUAAUACAUCACUUCCUGUUUUUUGCACUAAAAGUCCUUCCUGUAAAUAGUAGUAGAAAAAUUCUUACUAUGCAGAUAAACGUUUUUGGGUGGUAAGUGGAUAUUUUUUUUUAAUGUCAAUAAUAAAGGUAGAGAAUCUGCAGAGGUGUGCCUUGUGCAUCCCUGAACAUUCAACAGCUGCUAAAAACUGGACACUAAGGGAACUUUUACUCCAUAGUCUGUUAAGGCUUAGUCGUAUUUAUUACUGAACAAUUUGAUGCUGAAAGACACACACCAAUCCAGUUUACAGUUUUGUGUUAACUGUAAAAAAAGUGUAUUUCUUACGGGAUUAUUUCUGUUCAAAUAAUAUUUGGUAACAUGCUGUGACUUUCUUCUGUUUCUGUUAACAAAAAGCAUGUUCGGAUAUAUGAAAAACGCGGUUUUGACACUACAUCUGAAAAUGUUAAGAUUUGCUGUGAAGUGCCACUAAUACACUAUUCUUGCAGCGCAUUUUUAUUAACAAUAUCUUCCUGACUACCUGUAAUGUGGGUGCAUUUUCCAUGUUACUUUGAGCAGAAAGAGUUAAAUGUAAAGCAGGAGUCUUGCUUAGCUCAUUGCCCAGAGGGGAGGGAGAAGGGGGAUUUUCCUACUGAGCCACUCUGCCCUGGCCAAUUAAAAGUUUAUGACCUGUAGAUUUCAAAAGUUGCUUUUGUAGUUGGAUGGCUGGAGUAAGGAGCACGACUUCUGGCCGUGCAGCUUUCUCAUGGGAAGGACAGUUCUGUGCCCAGACUCUUCCCUUGGCAGAUCCUGCUCCUUGCAGUAGCUUUGCUCUGGUGAAAGGCAACUCCCAACGUUUUCUCUGCUGCUGUUACGAUCAUCUGAAACUGCGCUCGAUGGGCUGCCCUAAUUCUUUGGUCGGAUCUGUGUGGGAAGGUGAUAGUACCCCUCUAGGAUGCCUUUGAAAUAAAGCAUUAGUAAGGCGGGACGGAGCAGGAACAGCACAUGGCACGCUGGUGAGAAGGGGCCAAGUGGGGUUCGGGCCUUGUGAUAUUUAAGUUCACUGGUACUGUUUGCAGUGGGCUGGGGAAAUGUGGGUGUCAAAGUGGGGGAGAGUGUAGUGUCAUAAGAUGUGCUCUUUCACUUGCCCAGCUGCAAAGCUCACUGCUAGAGAUGUCAUGCAGGAGUAGCCAUCAAAAGGGAGCACAGAGAUGGGAAGGGGGCAUUAGGCUGCCCCUGGAGACCUUUCAAACAUAACUGCACAGAAGGCUAGAAGUAGAAUUAGUUUUUGAUAGUCCAUUAUAGAUUUCCUGUGCUUGGCAGACCGCUUCGAAAUAUGUUUAAAUAACCCCAGCAUCCCCUCCCUUUGUAGUACUGAAUGCAGGAUUUGUGGAGAUCCUCAGAAAACAGUCUGUGGUGUCCAUCCUUGGCAGCUGUGUGUGCCCAGGGUCUUCAGGUGGUCAGAGACAGGAACGCUGGAGCAGGUUCAACUGCACCUUCUGCUGAGCAGAGCCCUGGUCCAGGUGACACCAUCACCUGCCUUUUUACCUUUUUGAAGUUCAAAAAAAUCUCUCUUCAUUGUAGAGCACACAGUGGGAGCACCAAGAGGAAAUACAGAAGAGGGACAAAAAUGAGAAGCUGAUUUUGCCUUUUUUCCUCAAUAUAACUGACUCAUUUAAAGGAUGUUUUUGCAAAUGGGGUGGAAUCAUAGAAUCAUUUUGGUUGGAAGAUACUCUCAAGAUCGUUGAGUCCAACCAUUAACCUAACUCUGGCACUAAACCAUGUCCCUAAGAACCUCAUCUACACAUCUUUUAAACACCUCCAGGGAUGGUGACUCCACCACUUCCCUGGGCACCCUGUUCCAAUGCCUGAAAACCCUUUCUGUGAAGAAGGUUUUUCUAAUAUCCAAUCUGAACCUUCCCUGGUGCAACUUGAGGCCAUUUCCUCUCAUCCUAUCGCUUGUUACUUGGGAGAAGAGACCAAAGCCCUCGGUGCUACAACCUCCUUUCAGGCAGUUGUAGAGACCCCAUUGCCCAGGCAAAUUUCAUGUUGAAGCCAGGAUGCAUCAUUGGUCUUGCAAUAAUGCAAACCACCAGUUCCCAACCAGACAGCAAAGCCCACUUGACGUGGGUACUAGAAAGAAGUGAGCCAAAAAAUAUCCCAAUAGAAAAACCCUAGGAGUUUGUAGUUGUCCUCCUUUUCUUAAUGUAUUGACUUUUAGCAACAAAUCAACAGCUUUCUCUGGAUGCUUUUUAAUUAGCAUCCUAAAAUAUUUUAGCUGCAAGUAGGACUAAAUCAGCUGUGUAUGCUUGUGGGUAGGCACGUGCAAGUUGAAGUCAAUUGAAUUUUAACUCUUACUAUGUCAAAGUAGCAUUCAAAUUUGAAAGGGCCAAAUUUGAAAUGUCAGGUACUUCACUUUGUUUUAUUUGGCUUGUUAAUUCCAGGUUUUAAAAAAAAAAAAAGUAUUCUUGGUAAUAUUAAUAUUAAAUAUUUGUAAUGCCCCUAGGAUGUUAACAUUGCUGAGAAAAUAGUGGUCUUUGAGUAUGGAUGAACACCUAUACCGAUUAUCUCUGCUUACCUGCUUGGAAUGUUUUUUUCUUGCAGGCAGCCUGGUGGUAUUUGCAUUCAGGAGUGUGCUGCGUUGACGUCACGUAUGCAUAGGCUGAAAUACAACUGGUCUGUUGAAAGGCCCAGAGAUGUGCAAUGAUUUCAGAAGCAAAUCCUGUGUGUAGAAGUGCCAGCUAAAACCUCUAAUUGCAAACUUGCUAUUCAUGUCCUUUCACUUGUCUUGUUCUGGCUUGGUACUGCUUACUUAUUUUCAUGUAUAUGUUAGCAUUUGGCCUUUUCUUUUGCCCUUAGCAGCUCAUCACCUUAGUUUUCCAAGCUUUUUUUAGUGAUUUAGGUGUUCUAACACUUGUGUUGUGUGACUUAUAUGACUGUGGUGGUAAGCCACCUGCUGCGAUGCCCAAGCUGGACUCAAGUGUCUGCUCUGUUGAAAUUGGGAGAGGGAUGAGCAAACGGACCAGCUGGUGCACAGUGGUUCCUUGUCUCCACCACUGCCUAGGUAGCCAGGCUGUGGCAGCAUUGAUGCCAUGGGAUCUAAUUUAUUUGAUUUCCUCUUGAGCUUCGUUGCUGUGGUGUUAGGGGGUCAGGACCAUCUUUGGUGCAGCAGAAGGCAGUGUGAACAGGGCAGACACGUUCACAUUGAUCUCACGGGAAGACCCUGGCAGUAAAGGGAUGGUGGCACCUUUGAAAUGAGGCAGGAGGAGUCUUUGAGGCAUUAGCAGUCUUCCUGUAAAAAGUUGCAAAAUGCUGCACUGCUUAUUGUACUUUCAGACAGAGGGUUACUUCAGUGUUCCCGUUGUGGUUUGGAAGUAUCUGAAAGCUCUGGGGAAUAUCCCUGUGAUAUGAGCUCUUUACCAGCUGAUGUGAAUAGGAAGAGACAGCACUCAGCCUUCAAUAGGACUUGCAAACUGUCCUGGCACACCGAGCAGCACCAGGGGAUGGGCAGUGUCUCAAGGGAGUCAGUUCUGCUGAACUCUUGGGGCGGCUUCAUGCAUGGUUUGGUGCAACCCAACCAGCCUGUGCUGUGAGAGAUCCCAGAUGCUCCCAGGCACCACUCGGAGGUGAGCGAUGUGGGAAACCAGCGUGGGUGUGGAUGGCAAUGGAGUUCAGCCAUGUUGAUAUGAGCCGUGUUGGUUGUCCUUGGGGUCUGAGAGCAGGCUCUGGCCCGUUUUUGACCCUAGCAGAGGUGUAGCCAUUGAGUUCAGGCAACACGUGUCAUGCCACAGCGGACCUAAAAUCUUUAUUACUUUUUGGAGGCUGCCUGCUAAAAUAGGCCAACCCUAACCUCAGACUUCUUUCCUCAGAUUAAGUAAAAGCAAAGUCUCUGGUGCUUAUUUAGAUAUCAGUGUCUGAAGUCAUGCGUUAUCCUCAUAGUUUUUGUUUGACUGGGGGUUUUGGUAGCAAAACCUCUGGCAUGUAAUUCUGUAUGGAGCUGUCUCUUUGUCCUGAACUGGGAAACACAUUAUUUCUAUGCAACAGUCACGUGGCGGCACAAGGACUGAUGUGGCCUUCAGCGGCGAAAGCUGAAUUCUGGCCUGGGGGCUUUUCUGGAGGUGGACACAGAACUGGCCAAGGGAUGGAUGGGGAGGAAGCUUGAGAGGGAAAUGCUGGUUUCCUUUAAACUCUCAUUGUGCCUAGGAUUAAGAUUCUUUGUAUUACUGCCUGGCUGUCUAACCAAAGCUUUAUUGAAAUCAACUCAAAGUGCAUAUUUGCAUUCUUGUUCUUGCAGUAUUGUAAAAAUUGCCUAUGGCCAGAAACUUAGAGACAGAAAACAUUUGGUCCAUCCAAAAUUAGAAGGAAAAUGCAUUUUGAAGAAUUCUUUGCAGCUAGAAACAAGGGUUUGAAAUAACUGUAUAUUACACAGGGUAUUUUCCAAUACAACAGUUCUAUUUGACACUUUAGUUGACUUUAUUCCACAACAGCAGCUUCAAGAGAAACAGCAUAAAUAGCAACGCUGUCUCAAAAAAAAACACUAUGUUUCAAAUCUGUCUAUAAAUAUUUGAACUGUUUUCUCCUAUGUUUUCUUCCUGAGUCAACUCCAUUAUCUCCCAGCUAAAUAGAGCAUCCUGGCACCAGUUACUCGGUCAGCAAAGUCCUGCCUGCAGGCCGGGCAGGGGUUAUGUCGUGCCACUUAAAAGCCGAACACCAGCCAUAUGUAAAAGGACCAAGGCUUAGCCAAACUCUCCUGGCUCCUCUUUUUGAUGCAGCAUUCCGGUGCACAAGCUAGAAGGUACAAAUGAAAUCAUAAUCAAAAUGAGGGUUCGUCCAUUUUAUUUGUGGCAUUAGGGACGGCAGGGCAGUAGGGAAAUGCAGGCCCCUUGUUGAGACCUAGCAAUAAAUGACUCUUCAUUUGUUGUGUCUUGAACUCCUAAUAGUCCGGGAGUUGAUCAGACAUUACUGUUUCUGUGUGUAAUAACCAAAAUUUUCAGCGUGAAAAUCUGCAGAGUGAUUCUCUUGACUUGGACAAUCUUCUGGAUUAUAUUAAAAAUAUUUGUUAGUUCUUAGCUCUUUAGAUUCACUUUGGGUAGGUCAAAAAAGUAACACUUGGGAUAAAAAGAGAAAGCCCCAAAUCUUUGGCUUAGUACAUUUCCGUUAUAAAACGAAGCAUGGUUUUUGUGGAAUUCUGUGCUGUUUUGGGCUUUUGUGUAAAAGGCUGAAGGCAGUUUAUUAUUUAAACCAGGUGCAAAUAAAUAUCCCUGUAAUGUAUAUGAACAAAUUUAAACCACGUAUUGUAAGUGUAUAAACUGUAUAUUAAAGACACUAUUUUCAUGAUA